UAUUUCUCCUAUCAAUUAGAGAGGAUUGCACGCUUUAAUUUGCGUGAGUGCUACAAGUAAUAAUACCUAUGUAUAGGCAUUGCGAUCACGAGGCUCCACUAUCGUUCCAAAUCGACACAGUUGUGAUACGUCUAGCAAACAAGUUUGAACAAUUAGUGUUAGCUUGUUACUAAUAACUAAUUACUAACAAUGGUGGUCCCUAUCCAACAAGUUUUACGCCCUCUUUUGAUUACAUGUUUUAUUAUGGGUUUAGGCGUUUAUCCUAUGAAACAACCGAAUCCAAGGAUUCGCUGGAUUGCAUAUUUAAGUAUUUUAUAUUGUUUGAUUAUUUGGGUUUCUUAUGCUUAUCUUUUUUACUAUGUAGUGAUUUCUUUUACGUGGGAAGUAUUAUAUGCAGAUACCACAAAUAGUGUUAUUAUAAUAAUUCACAUUAUUACCACUGCCAUAUCUGUGAUCAUGAGCUUCUAUCAUCAAAAGAGAUUUGAGAUAAAUUUGAAGAAGCUUUCUGCUGUGGAUAAUUCUUUAGAAGAAUUGGGCGUUUCAAUAAUGAAUCAAAAUAUACAUAUGUACUCGAAAAUAGCGAUAAUUGGUUGGAUUGUAUACAGUCUUGCCGUAAAUUUUCUCGAUUCGAUAUGGUGGACAAGUUACGUUAAACUUACUUCUUGGGGAUUAUUUCUAGCUUAUAUACUAAAUCACUGUCUUCAUGUGAAUGCAUUCACAGAUUUGCUAUUCACUUUUCUUUUAUGGUAUAUUUGUAUCAAAUUUGACACAGUAAACGAGUAUAUACGAUGUUUAUUAAUAAGAGAAGAUCGUGGUCUGAGAUGUACAGAACAGAAAUCUACAGUUGUUCUUCAUCGAUAUACUUUGGGUAUUAAUUACAAGCAAACGUUAUGGACUUCAAUGCACCUUCAUUUAGAAUUAUGUCGCAUUACUCGUGAAUUCAACUUCCUGUUUGGAAUACAGAUAACUUUCGGAAUGACGACGUACCUUAUGUACUUAACGUCGACGUGUUAUGGUUUAUGCCUGUAUUCAAUGCAGCAAUUUUCAAAAGAAAUAUUACAAACACUAUUCAUAUGGAUUAAUGUCGGUUCAUGGGCUAUCUUACUAUUAAUAAGAAUGUACUUUAUAAAUUACAUAUGUGAAAGUGUCAUGACUAAGGCAAAUGAAAUUAACAAAACAAUCCAUCAACUGACAAAUAUUCUCCGGUAUGCUGAUGUAUGUGAGGAGAUUUAUCAGUUUACGCUGCAAAUAAUGCAUCAUCCAUUGAAAUUAACUGGAAUGAAUCUCUUUUAUCUUGGAAACAAGUGUUUUAGAAAGGUAUGCAUAACGAUUGUAACGUUCGUGAUUAUCAUGGUGCAAAUGAAUGUAAAUAUCAAUUUAGAAGGUAAUUUACUAUAGAAUGGUAAUUUACUAUAGAAGAAGAAAGUAAAGAAGUAACUUCA